UUUUUUUAGUUAGUACUUUAUAAAUGGCAAGAGCAUUUGAAUUACUUGUUAGAGAAGUUCAAGAACAACUUCAUGCUGUGUUUUUAAAAAAGUCAGAUCAAAAUCCUGGAAGACAUGUCAUGGCAGAAGCAGCCAACAUUCCUUGGUCUUGGGUUGCAGUGACUACAACAAAGAUUCUUUCAGAACAUCCAACUGGUUUAACAAAAGUGAUUUUAGUCUCUAUGCUUGAAUUGGCUUGGGAAAAGGCCUACAUGAAGCGAUUGAAAGGAUUCGAUAAAAAUUUUAGUUCAAUUCAGGCAGUUUAUGACAGCAGUCUUUCAGAAACAUUCUUAUUGGAAGUUGUGGUCAAAAGAUGGGAGAAUAUUCAAAAUUCUGAUAUUUAUAUCCUUUUUUUUAUCAAAUGGAUAAAGUACAUGAAUCACGAAUUCUUAAUGACUCGAAAGAUCAGAAUGCUAUGUCCUCCCAAAACAAAUGCACCCAUCAUCAACAGAUACAACGACCAAAAAUUGGACCGCAUACAUAGAAUAGCAUUGAUUCCACCUACUGAGAAUCUGGUCUUCAUGUUGGAUCGUUUUGAUAAGGCAUUUGUCCAGAGAGAGUUUAAGCACAAAGUCCGUGAUAUCACACCCAGACAGACUGACAUUCAUUUAUGGCUCAAGAUCAUUCAUGUCGAAAUCAUUUCUCACAUUACAACCUCAGCAAAUCUGGAUGCCGAAGAAAAGGCCAAAAUGAGUCGUACGGAUAUUUAUUUGAUGGAUAUGAGUAGUGACAAUCAAACGGUCAUUUUAUGCUUGUAUAACGAUCAGACUUCUCUGACGCCUAUCUUUAAGCGCAAUGACUAUAUUGGCAUUGUGAUAUUUCUGAUGCCUGAAAAGGAAGCACAGGAAGCACAACUGGCAAAAAUUAAUCUUACUAGUAUGAUUGAAGACGACGGAUUUUCGUGUUCAGAUUUUUCCAAAAAAGAUAUCCUAGAACGUGAUGAAGAGGGAUUUAUGAACUGUGAAAAUUACACUUCAAGAAUAUAUGUCAAGGAUCUGGAUUACUGUAUGCUGAAUGUAACUUUAUUAGGGAAAGUCGUCGGAUUAGCAAAUAGUAAUCCGUUUAUUGAUCCCAGUAAUGCAGAUCGAAGAAUGAAUAGAUACGCUUUGAGAAUUGCAGAUUCGACAGGUACCAUGGAUGUCACUCUUUGGGAGGACUCUGGCCGUGAUUCACGUCGACUAAAAAUCGGAAUGUACAUUCUACUAGAGAAUCUAGUGACUUCGGACAGACACGAUACCAAUGGUACUCGUGUCUGGUACGUAAAUGGAAGCAUUAUACUAGGGACAAAUUUGUAUAAUAUUUCAUUACUUAAUAGUUUAUUAACAAGUAAUUCAUUGCGAAGUAUUGUACCUUUAUGGCAUGCCAAAGAAACAAAAGAGGAUCAUUUUCAGAUAGAAUGUACCAUUAUUGGCUGGGAACUCUAUAUAGAGUCAUCCAUGGAUCAAUUUGUUCUCAGCAGUAAUCAGACCACCAGCAGUAGUAACCAAGUCGAUUUUAUGGAGCUAUCUAUUGGCGAUCGUAUCACAGCUCUUUCCCACAUUGGCUGCUUGAAUCCACACAAAAACAGAAAUCAAAUCGAAUGCGAAUUUUGCGGAUGCCAAAUUGAUAAUGAUGUUGUACACGUAUUUAGACCCAAACCAGGUGUGGCAGAAACUACAUCCGAACGUGGCUGGGAAGGGUGGGUUGAAUGGAUAUUGGAUGACGGGACGAGCACAUGCAAGGCCUUUGGAGGGGAAGAAACUUUGCUGAAUGUUACUGCCUACCAUUUUAAACUCAUGUCGCACAGAUCCCAAAUAAAUCUUUUGGACAGUGUUGUUGGUCUUCCAAUUUUAUGCUCACUUACAGGAACGAGUACAUCAACUUACAGAUUGGAUCAAAUGACCCUUUUAGAACCUACACAGCAGGAGUGCAGGGACAUGUUAGAAAUAAUGGACAAGAAAUGAACAAUUAGAAGACUGGGAAUAAUUCUUUUUCAGUUACCAUACAACGUGUUCUCAAUGUAUCACAAAACAACCUCUUGAUAUAUAAAUCUUUAAUUUUUUUCACAGUCUUUUCUUUUUUUUUUCUUCUUCUUUUUCAUAUCCCACACACACCAAAUCUCACCCCCUCCCAACACUAUCCUUAAAAAUGAAGUUCAC